GCACGAGUUUUAAAGGAAUUCUAUUUUUUGUUGUUGAACAAAAGCAUUCGUUAAGUUUUCUUCGUUCAAAUAAAAUUCCGCUCUCUUUGUAAAGACAAAAACAAAACUAAAAAAACAAGGGUGGUGGAGAAAAUGUGCCACUGACCGUACCCACAGUAAUUGUGGCUUGUCUGUGCUACGACUCCUGCUGUUUGUUGUUAUUAUUGUGCUGCAUUAGUCCUUUGUUUAUCCUUUAAAAGCUAGUGAGAGUGAGCAAAAAACAAACAAACAAACAAACAAAAUAAAUAAAUAUAAAAAAAUGUUACAAAUAGCAACAAACUUUAAACAAAUUAGUUUAGCCUAAUUGUAACAAAACAAAUUGUUGUCAACUAAAUAUAAAAAAAUACAAGUUCCUUAACUAAAUAAUAAAACAACAAAUUUUUCCUUAAAAAUGGAUUCGGUAUUUGUUUAUGAAACGGAACAUCCUGAAAAUAAAAUGGAUUGGCAAUUUUUCAUUAAGGGCUUCCUGGAAGAUCAUCCUUGCACCAAUACACCACCCGAUACAAUGUAUGCACUGUUAUGGUCAAUGUGUGCGGUAUUUGGUAUUGUUUUUGUGCUUCUGGGUUAUCGCUGUCUAAGGGCUGUGGGGUUUUUAACUGGAGCCUUUAUUGGCAUUAAAGCCGUGUCUAUGUUACGCAUUUAUGUUACCGGCUAUUUGGGUGAACCAGCCGAUGCCUGCUCUUCUUUGGUGGGUGGUUUAAUAGGUGCUGUUUUGGGUUCCACAUAUCCGGUGGCAACAUUUUUUAUAAGUGCUUUUGCCGGAGUCAUAAUAGCCGGGGCAGCUAUGGCAGUUUGUGUUGCCACUAUGCCGGAUAAUGAAUUUGGUCAAGCUGAAAUCACUGUGGCCUUAAUUGGCGGCGCCAUUAUAUGCUCCGUGCUCACCUUGUGUAGCGCUAAAUAUAUAACCAUAUUAACCACCAGUGUUGUGGGUUCUGCCAUGAUUAUCUGUUCAAUUGAUUUCUUCUUACAUGGACUAAUGCUGACCAAAUGGAUUUUCAAUAUGAAACCUCAUCCCAAUCCUCCGGCCUGCUAUGGUGGUAUACUAAUAUUUGCCUGGCCGGUUAGUAUUUUAAUCGGUUUAAUGAUCCAAAGUUUCAUCACUGCCUGGGGUAUCGAUCAUCGUAAGAGGGUGUUUCAGAAACGUCACCAACAGUUGCAGCGUAUGCAGUCGAGACCACGUGAAACACGCGAGGAAGCUAGACAACGUAAAUUUCGUUACCUUUAUCAAGUACGAACCGCCAGGGGAGAUAUAAUUAUGCAGAAUUUUGUUUCAGCUUUACAAAAACGUAUCCAAUUAAGUGGCACCGAAACACCCUCAGAACGUUCCCUCAAAACUAGUUCCAACGAACGUAAUACCUUUCGCAGUGAUCGCACACAUUUCACCACCAUACCACCCGAUUCGGAUAUGUUUGAUAAAAUUGAAAUUGUACGUGAUAUAGCAUAACACUCGGUGUAUAAUUAUAUGUAAAGAAACAAACAGAAACUUAAAAAAGUAAAUACGAAAUAAUUGAUGAAAUUUCAUGUGUAAGUAAGUACUAAAACUGUAUUUAAAAAUAAACUUUGCAUAUAACUUAUUUAUACAAAAAUAAAAUGGAAAAAAAAACUUAAAAAUAAUUUAUGCAAGCUUAAGCUUGUCUGUUAAAAACACACUUGAAAUAAAAUAAAUUUGAAAUUGAACAAGAAAUUACAACAGCUUUAUAUUGGUUUCCUGUAGAGAAACUUAAAAAUAUAAUAAGAUGAAAACAAAAACAAAAAACAACAACAAAAUGCUAAAAGUUUAAUUUUUCUAAAAUAAAAACUAAAAUUUUCAAUAAUUUCUACUACAAGUGAUUACGCUACUAAGCGAUUUUUGUUAAGUUUUCUUUUCUUAAGUUUUAAUUUUAGUUAUUACUUUAUAAUUUUUAUAAAAACAAAAAACAAUUUUUACUAAACAAAAAUAAAAUUAAACAUAUUCCUAAUUUAUAAACAGGGAUUAAAUUUAAUUUUUUUUAAUUAAGUCCUUAGAAAAACCAAAGAAUUUAAACUUAAAAAAAACUUGCGAAAAAAACAACUCUGUCUUUCUUAUAACUAUAAGUUGCUAAUCUGGCAACAUUAUGCCAAAAAACACAUUGUUUAAACCGUUUUGUUUAAUAAAAUCUGUGCGUUUUUUAAUUAAAUAUAAAAUUAAUACUAACUACA